GUUCGUUUAGACAUGACAAAUGAAAAUAAUGGUACAGGGUAUAAGACUUUUCAGGACUUCAAAUUAACAAAUGGAACAAGUUAUAAACUCAACAUUGGGUCACGUGAAGGAUCUGCAGGUAACUCGGCAUAUGGCUUACUCUAUCACAAAUUGCAACGGUUUUCGACAUUUGACCGUGACGUUGAUUCCGCAUCAAAUCGUAAUUGUGCCGUCGGUCGACACGGGGGCUGGUGGUAUAAAGAAUGUUCUUUCGUUAACCUGAAUGGAUUGUAUGUGACACCAGGAGGGACAUGUGUCAUCGCUGGUGCAGAAUCAGGGCCAUGUGGACACCUGCAUACUGGAUUUAACGGCGGUAAGGGACUUAGACGUUCUACAAUGAUGUUGAGAAGAACCUAAACAUGCAAU